ACUUUAUAUUCAGAGCACCCAUUAAAUUAAGCAAACCAGGGGAACUCCGAGAAGAAUAUGAAAGCCAGCUAAGGAAGCUGAGAGAAGAAAAACUACAAGAAGAAAAAGCUUCUGAGGAUCUGAUUCACAAGUUCAUUCUAGAUGACGUGGAUGUAGGAAAAAGAAAAAUGGAAGAACAGCAGAAAAAAGAUGAAUCUUUAGUGCUUAAAGUGAACCAAGAGUGUUUUCCUGAACGUCUCUCGGAUUCAGAGAACGAAGAACCAUUCCAGGGCAAGCAAACACAUCGGUCGGCUUUUGUUUCCAAGACCAGUGCCUACUCCUUUGCUUUCCUUUCAGGGAACCUAACCGCCAAGGUGGAAAGGAGUCGGAGCUGCAACGACACCAUUCAGGAGAGAUCAAAGAGCAGGCAGAGAUCAGCCCCAGCCAACAAAACAAAGGUGCCACCCGUCACCAGCUCGUCAACACCGCUGGUUGGAGUUUUGUCAUCCACCCAAAACAACCGCUGCCUCUCUGCCCCAGACCUGACAGCAGAGAGACGCCUGGUUCUCAACCCCGUGUCAUCCCUCUCGGCCCUGCACAAGCCGGAGCGAUCCAUCAGCCCCGAGAGCAAUGACAGCAUCUCAGAAGAGCUCAACCAUUUCAAGCCUAUCGUCUGCUCCCCGUGCACUCCUCCAAAGAGGCUUCCUGACGGCAGAGUCCUGAGUCCUCUCAUUAUAAAGUCCACCCCCAGAAACCUAAACCGGAGCCUGCAGAAGCCAACCACCUAUGAGGCCAGUCCUAGAAUACUGAAAAAAUGGGAGCAGAUAUUUCAGGAGCGCCAGAUCAAAAAGACUCUCUCUAAAGCGACCCUUACGUCCUUGGCUUCGGAGCCUGGGGAAGACGUUAUAGUUCCUGACAUCACCAACUCCAGCAGUUGCACUAAAGAGCAGCCGCAAAUGCAGGAUGAUCACCUUCCACCUGACACAACAGGAGACCCUCGCCCCGAGCUGGAUUUCUUUCCUUCCAUCAGUGAAACGAAGCUGGGAAGAGGGAGUGAGAAGAACAGAGAUUCACAAGCCGUAACAACAGGCGACAGCGCUGCCGAACCAGAUGCAAGAUCAAACGUCACCUCCCUAAGCACACGAGUGUCCGAAGUCCCUGAUCUAAAAGUGAACACAUUCAUGGACAAAUCCUGUCUUAGUCUUGGCUCGAAAAUGCUGAGCAGAAGACUCAUGGGCGUCGGUGCAUCGCUGCCUGACAACAGCACGCUAGGAGUCCCCAUCAAGACAUCGGGAAAAAAGCAGCUGAAAUACCUGAACAACAGCGAAUUGAUCAACGUGCAGAACAGCACCUGCAAUUCCGUUGAGAACAUCAUCGGGGAACAGCCCCCAUCGCUGAGACGGGGCCGGAAGAGACGCUGCAAAAUGAAGCACUUGGAGCACAAUGGCUCCGUCAAAAGACUGAGGCACACGGCAGGGGAGGGGGGCUUGCCUCCGGAGGAUCGCUUGGUACGGGAGAUGGAGCAGAAGCUCCAGCAAGAGGAGGAGGACAGGAGGUUGGCCCUGCAUCUGCAGCGGAUUUUCGACAGCGAGAAUAGGACAGUGGAUAGGCGGAAAGUCAGAGUUGACCGGUAUCUGCUGCGGUCAAAGAGCACUCUGGGUGCUAAGUAG